AUGGCCGAGGCGUUGGGCAUAGCCGCUGGUGCGGUGGGAUUUGUGUCUCUGUUGGUCCAAGUCACCAGCGGGAUCAACAAGCUGCGCGAUAUUACAAACAGUGCAGACGCCGCACCGGCCGAACUAGAUUCUCUCAUGCGCGAGUUGGACUUCCUAGUCCACGUUAUGCGAGAGGCCAACGCCAAGGCACCCUCGCAGAAUGAUGUCAUUCUCCAGCACUGCCAGGCGAACUGCGAUCAAGUUGUCAGAGAUCUUGAGGUGCUUAACAAAAUGCUGGCAACGGGGUCAAAACGCAAGGUAAAGGGUAAAGUCUUUGUGAUCCUCGCCUUCCGCCACUGGAAAGGAAAUGUCGAGGUUUUGCAUCGCAAUAUCCAGGCGGCCAAGCUCAACCUAAUCAUGCUUGUCAAUCAUCGCACCUCAGUUCGCCUGGACGAGAUUGCUCUGGUCAAUCGGCUUCACAUUUCGCCUACUCGGGCAAUGAGCGUGGACGGAGAUGGUACCUCUUCUCAAGGACUAUGGCCGACAGCUUCUGCCAAUUCAUCCAAUCUUUCCUCAGUUUCGAGACAGACUGUCAACCUUGCUGAUCGACCCAGGUUCAGGCGUCGUGGGGAUUGCCUAUCUAGGUUCUGUUCCUGUAUUUGCCAUCGUACUGAGAGAACAUCUCGUCGCUUCUGGGCACUCGAGCACACUCCCCUGUCAGUUUUCCAACAGAUUUGCGAUAAAGAAUCCUGCAACGUUGUCAAACAUGGCGGAACAUUUAGAUUCGCUCUCUCUCAGCUUGGAAUUCGAUGGGCAAUGGUCAUUCAGCUUUAUUUUGUCACUACAUCAGGAAAAUACUCGCUGCGUUCGAGUUUCGAAGUCGAGCGGGUCGUGCCGUAUACCUCACCCGGCUUCGAGAUAAUGUGGAAUAUCCGGGAGAAUAUAAUUACAUUCGAGGAGGGUCGAGAAGCGCUCGUUCAUCUUCAUCGAACCGACCCGACCUUCCCGAACCAUGUCGACCCGAGCGGAACAUCUUACAUCGAGAAUCUCGUGAUUGGAGCAGCACGGGGGCCAGUGGAUAAGGAAAGCCGAUAUAAAUUGCUCGAACUUUUCAUGGGUGAAUUCAAAAUGACACGAGGGACUGAACACUCAAGGUUCCUUUCUCAUUGCGCAGGUUGGAUAGGGGAGGGGCCGCAUUUGGAACUCCUGGAAAUUCUUCUCCAUCUAGACUUCGAAGCAGCCGAAAUCGAUAUCCACGACUGGCCGAAACCUUGUUCCCCAGACUGGUGGGCACCAGACAUAGCUCCUGAUCCCUUCUUUGUUGAAUACCUUGGACUUCUGUCUCAAAACAACCAAGGAUUCGCUGGGAUGACUCCUCUUCACGAAGCCGUCUUGUUUGACUCACCGGAAUCUGUUCGCAAAUGGACAUCUCGCUCUAACAAAGAUGAGAGAAACGCCUUCGGCCAGACACCUCUUCACCUUGCCAUUGCAAACCCUCAAUAUCUGCGCAUCCUCAUACAAGCUGGCUAUGAAUUGGAUGCUCGAGAUAACUAUGGCAUAACGCCUCUUAUGUAUGCGGCAGCAACAAACAAAGAGGAAGCUGUGAUGGCGCUCGUAGACGCCGGUUCCGAUCUCUCUGCUCGGGAUACCAAAUGGAAACGCAACUUUAUGUGUUACGCUGCUCUUCGUCAACAUUGGAAGCUGAUCCUCAACGUUCUGAAUAUCAUCGAAGAUCAUGCGGGGAAAAGAGCAGCAGAGAGCUGGUCAGAAUUUGCGACGUAUCUAUUUCUCGCGGUCUACCCGGAUACUGCAGGAAGCAGCGGCGUAUCUCUUGACCAAUUGCUGGCCAAAUGUGGCACUGUUAACCUCAUAUACGACGCUAGUGAGGAUAAAAAAAGCAACUGCUUGCUACACGACGUCAGGUCCCCCACAGAUUUCGAGGUCUUGCUCGGUAACGGAUUCAAACUCGUCAACCACGUGAAUAGCGCCGGCCAACACCCUGCUAUGGUAGCUGCUAAUCGAUGCAAUUCCGAUUUGGUUAGCAGGCUCCUAGCUUAUGGGACUGAUAUCAACCUCAAGGAUGUAUUCCACAAAACAUCACUCUGCUACGUCCUCCAACAAUUGGAGGCUUGUUUCCCUGGUCAUUUUUUGUCAAUAGCCAUGGACACAUUGCGCGUCCUGCUCACGAAUGACGCGGAUGUCCUCUCAAGAGAUAAUUGCCGAUGCCCUUGUUCGCCCCAAGGGUGCCUCCCAUCUGCAAUGCUCAGCCACUCCAUUUAUCAGGUACUCCAGUGUACCAGUGUCCCUAUAUGGUCAUUGGAAUGGCUUAGCCUUGUAUCAGAGCACCGAGGAGAUGAUGAAGCGAAAACGAUUCUUCAAUCGUUCAUUAGAAGGGCAAAGCAUGCCGAGAUGGGAAUGACACAUGUCUGUUGUCAGCGGGAGCAGGGAUUUACCUUCCAACGGAUCUGCCGGAAUAACCCCAUACCUGACGAUGACAUUGACGAUAUUAUAGAUGAGGAGUCCGAGUUUAUUGAUAUUUUAGACAGCGAAAUGAACCAGAGUUCCAAAAAGGAAUACAACGCACUACUCGAUGACUGGAUGGUUCAGAUCAAGACCUCACUGGAUAAAGUGUGUAGUGAAGCUGCGGAACAAAACGAAGGAUAUGAACCUCGAAAGGCUGGAAAGUUGACUACCAACACGAUUCUUUCAUCCAGGAGAUUGGGAUAG